GGCAACAACUUUGUGUACCUACAGAGAAACUGUACAUUAUUUCCAUACACAGGGUUACAGUACAUUUAAAAAAAAUAAAUAUUUCUAUAUAUUUUCACAGCAGGAACUCAGCGACCAUCCUUGUCCAAGGCAAUGUUGAAGAAAAGCAAGGUCCCACAAUCCAGGAGAGCUGAAAUAAUGGGCCUGUUUCAAAUGUACGCAGAGGGCCUCACUACUUUACCUGCAAGUGCCCUGCUGAAGUUUCUCCACAAGACUCAAAUGCAACAUGCAGCAAACAUAGACACAGCCGAGAGUCUGAUUGACAAAUAUGAGAUUGAAAAGGCAGCCAUAGAAAGCAGGUCCAUGACGUUUGAAGGCUUCCUCAGAUACAUGGAGUCCAAAGACUGCUGCCUGUUCCAACAGACUCAUACAUCGGUGUACCAGGACAUGGGCCAGCCUCUCAACAGCUACUUCAUCUCCUCUUCUCACAACACCUACCUGACAGGGGAUCAGCUAGUGGGCAGGAGCCACCUUGAUGCAUAUGUUAGCGCUCUGAGGAAAGGCUGCCGCUGUCUGGAGAUUGACUGCUGGGAUGGUCCAGAUAUGGAGCCUGUAGUUUACCACGGCUACACCCUCACCACCAAGAUACUUUUUAAGGAUGUCAUCGCAACUGUGGCACAACACGCCUUUGAGGUGUCCGCCUUCCCGAUUAUUCUGUCUCUGGAGAACCACUGCUGCCGGGAGCAGCAGGAGGUCAUGGCUCAGCACCUCAUCUCUAUCCUGGGGGACAAGUUGUUGAAAAGCCCCCUGGAUCAUCCAACCUCUGGAGACCUCCCAAGCCCAAAUGACUUGAAGUAUAAGAUCCUGAUCAAGAACAAAAAGCUAAGGUCUCAAAUUAAGGCAGAUAACAAAACAGAGGCAGAAGAGAGUGCAGAUGAGGGUGAGGAUGGUGAUGAGGACGAGGAAUAUGACGAGGACGAGGAGGAUGAAGAUGAGGGUCAUCAAAGCAAAGCAAAGUUCUGGUCUCCAAGAAAAGCAGGGUCAAAAAAGAAAAUGAAGAAGAAGGUGAAGGUGGCCCAGGCUUUAUCGGAUCUGGUGAUAUAUGCAAGGUCUGUCAAGUUCAUCAGCUUCAGCCACUCCAAGGAUAAUCAAAACUGCUAUGAGAAUACAUCCAUUGCAGAAAAGAAGGCUCGCAAGCUGAUAAAGGCCUCAGGUCCAGAUUUUGUUCAGCACAAUCGAAAGUUCCUCAGCAGAAUUUAUCCAGCAGGCUCAAGAACAUCCUCGUCCAACUACAACCCUCAGGAGUUCUGGAACGUUGGUGCGCAGAUCGUGGCUCUUAAUUUCCAAUCUCUGGGCCUGCCAAUGGACCUUAAUGAUGGCCGUUUCCGGGACAAUGGCGGCUGUGGAUACACCCUGAAGCCAGCAGUACUCAUGUCCAGCGAGAGGAGCUUUGAUCCCAACUCCAGACAUCACCACCUCAAAGCCACACACUUGCUGCUCAAGGUGAUAAGUGGAUCGAACCUUCCACUCCCCAAGUCUGGAAAAGCUCUGGACCCAUUUGUCAGAGUGGAGAUUCAUGGGAUUCCAUCUGACUCCCACAAUAGAAACACUCAUACUGUCAAAAACAAUUCCCUGAGUCCUCACUGGGAUACUGACAUGAACUUUAGCAUCAGCGUCCCCGAGCUCUGCCUCGUCCGCUUCUGUGUGCGUGACCAGACCACCCUUUUCAGGAGCGAGUUUGUGGGCCAGUACACACUGCCCUUCACCAGCUUGAAAAAAGGCUACCGCUGGGUGCCUCUCCAGUCCCGAGAUGGAUGCAGUCUUGAUCCGGCUUCUCUCUUCGUCUUGGUUUGGCAUUCCUAAAAGGAGCCAUUCAAGGUGGUCUCUCUCACACAUGAAGUACACUGUUUCAACAAAGAUUGAUGGAUUAUCCAGCAGCCAUAACAGCAACAAAUAUUAAUAAAUAAAAUAGAUUUCCUCAGAUAUGAGAUUUAUUUUAUUGACAAAAUAUGUAAACAUUUAUUUUAACUGCCUGCUCACUGAGUUACACAAGAAAAGAGCAGAAACUGACAGCUUCCUGCUUGCAUCUCUUUGGUAAUCAACACGAAUCCCUACAGAAAUAUAUUACAUCAUACAGCAACUUAAAACAUCUUACACAUGUAAAGCAAAGUAUUUUCCUUCAAUGAUCAUCUCCUUGAAGAUGUAAACAUGGACAAAUUUCUUGUAAUAGCCUAAUUAAAUUCAGAGUUUAAUUUGAGUAUGUUAAUUCAAGAGGAAGAAAAUCCUAUGCUAAGAAGGUAUAACUUUUAACUCAAUCAAGCCCUUUAACAUAAAUGUAAUUGAAACGCAUAUUUUUACUUAUACUAUACUUUUUAAGUGGAUCAGAGCUGAAAGGAACUUCUUCCCCAUGGUUUAAAUAAUAAAUUGCACAGAAGUCCAUUUCUUAAAGGCACCAAGCUGGACGGAGGUUUCACUAAAUCUCCGUGACAACCAUUAGACACCGUCUACAUGCAAAACAACAUGUUGGCAUGUAGAAAGAAAAAAAACAAAAAACGUUGCUGUCCUAUUAUCAAAAAAGUAACUAUGUAGAGUUUACAAACUGAGCUGUGACUGUAAAUUAAACAAUCUGUUUAUGUCAAAGGAGACCAAGAAGGAGCUUUUUUUGGCAAUAAGCAGGGUGGUUUUAAAAUGAAACAAGGAAUUAAUAUAUUGAAAGCACUUUUGUGGAGGUAUAUGGAGGAUCUGUGAUGCUGUAGGCCUGUUUCUCUUCCAUAGAUUCCUGGGCAGUGUGCAAGGCAUCGCAACCUCUUUAAAAGAUCAAGAGAUAAAUAACUGAAAAAAAUAAAAAAGAUCGAAUGAACUGGGUCUGGUGGUCACUGAGUCUAUUAACAGGAUAAUAAUUCAAAAGCUUUUUCUGGCCAAACAAGAAAAUAGUCACAACAUCAACCUUAAUCUAUGGUUAUCUCAGUCGUCAGAUACAAAUCCUAUAGGAAACCUGCGGGGGAGUUGGAGUGAAGGAUCAUCUAGGAAAGGGGUGUCCAAACUGCGGCCUGGGGGCCAUUUGCAGUCCUUGGAUUUGAAGAACGGCAUUUGGUUUGCCCACUCAGAUGGUUGAUGCAGAUACAAAUGAUAAAAUAAAGUUAGGGUUCAAAUUUCGGUAAUGCGAGUCCUUUAAAAAAAUAUAGACAAAUUAAAAUCUUAUAAUGGAAAAUGUAACCAUGUUUUUGACCAUGUUUUUUGCUUUCAAUUUAAUUUCAUAGUAAAUAGGAACUAGAACAAGCUCCUUUUCCUCACUUGCUAGGGGAGUGGCAAUACUUAUUCACAAAUCCCUACAUAUAUGUAUUUAAAAAUCUAUGGUAGAUCCUGCCGGAAGAUUCAAUAUAAUUCAAGGUUCAUUGAUGAACAAAAACUUAAUAUUGGUUAACCUGUAUGGCCCUAAUAUAGAUGACCUGGACUUUUACAAUAAUUUGUUCCUCUCUAUUGCUGCUCUCCGUGGUGACGUGAUUAUUGGCGGGGACUUUAACUGUACUCUAGAUCCUAAGCUUGACCGAUCAACUGGCUCGGAGUCGUCUCACCCUAAGAGUAAACAAGCUAUACAACAUUUCAUGUCUGAACUAAAUCUAUAAGAUAUAUGGAGAGUAAUAAAUCCAACAAAGAGAGAAUAUUCCUGUCAUUCAACUACCCACAAGAGCUACAGCCGUAUAGAUUAUUUCCUGAUUUCAAAUUCUUUGGUACCCAGAAUUAACAGUUGUAUGUAUAAUACUAUAUUGAUCUCGGGUCACUCAUUAUGCAUGCUUAAAUUCUCCUCCUUGAAUGCUUCUAGACAUAGUCCUGUCUGGCGCUUCAAAUCUCACUGGUUGCAAACUCCUAGUUUCUUGAAAUAUGUAGAAAGAAAUAUUGAUGAUUACUUCAUCUUCAAUAAAUCAGAGACUACAGCAUCUAUUAGAUUGGAAGCCUUCAAGGCAUUUAUACAGGGGCAGAUGAUAAGUUACACAAAAAGCAAAUCAAAUAAAAUGAGUAAGGAGACCUCGAAGGGUAAAUAAAAGAGGCUGAACUUGAGAUAAGUUUAAAUAAUUCUAAAGAAAAACAACAAGAACUGCUAUUGCUGAGAGCAAAAUAUGAUAAACUCACCACUAAUAAAGCCUCAGCAGAACUAUUCAGACUGAAACAGACUUACUAUGACCAGGGAGAGAGGGUAGGAAAACUCUUAGCAUGGUGCAUAAAAGCUAUACAGAAUGAGAGGGUAAUAAAUCAAAUUACAACAGCAGAUGAAAACAUUACAGAUCCACAAAGAAUAAAUUAUCUUUUUAAAGAUUAUUACUCAAAGUUAUAUACCUCUAAGGGACAGAUAACAGGUUUCGUUAGACUCCUUUUUUGAUUCUAUAACUACCCCCAUACUUGGGGAAGAAGCCAAGGCAGAGCUGGAUGCACCAAUAUCUAUAAAUGAACUUUCAAAUGCCAUAGAUAAACUAAAAUCAGGAAAAUCACCUGGACCAGACGGGAUACCUUUAGACCUAUAUAAAAUAUCUAAAAACAAAUUGGUACAACCCCUCUACGAUAUGUUAGUGGAAAGUUACUCAACAAAGGAAUUACCUCCCUCAAUGCGAAAUGCUAUUAUAACGGUACUACCAAAACCUGGCAAGUCAGCUACAAAAUGUGAAUCCUACAGACCAAUUUCACUUAUAAACUCCAAUUCCAAGAUAAUAGGAAAUGUACAAGCAAUCAGUCUUGAAAAAGUUCUGCCCUCCCUCUCUGACCUUGACCAGAAUGGAUUUGUAAAAGGACGGCAUGCUCACCAUGGAAUCCGUCGAGUACUGAACAUAAUUUAUCCAAAAUAUAAAUAUCCAGAUAUAGCUCUGCUAUCCCUGGACGCAGAAAAAGCAUUUGAUAGGGUGGAGCAUGCUUACCUUUAUAAAAUCCUUUCUCUCUUUGGUUUUGGCAAGUAUUUUACAACCUGGGUUAAAAUAAUUUACAAUAUAUCUACAGCAUCAGUUAUAACCAAUAAUAUUGUAUCCAAACCCUUCAGCCUAGCUAGAGGUACGCGUCAAGGCUGCCCCCUCUCACCUCUCCUUUUUGUGCUGGGAAUUGAGCCAUUGGCUGUUGCCAUAAGGAAUAAUCAAAAUAUUGUGGGCAUUAGAAUAAAUAAUAUUGAAUCUAAAAUUGGACUGUUUGUCGAUGACAUAAUUAUUAUGAUGUCCAAAUUAAAAAACUCAAUUCCCCAGCUACUUAGAACUAUUGAGGAAUUUGGCAAUAUUUCCGGUUAUAAACUUAAUGAAUCUAAAUCUGCUAUUCGAUUUCUAAAACAAUCUGAAAGAAGCAAUCCACCAAUUCACACUACAUUCCAAGUAGCAAAAGACAGCCUUACUUACUUGGGUAUAAAGAUUACUCCAAACAUAGAUGAACUGGUUUUGACAAAGUACACACCAACACUUAACUCAGUAGUGCAAUCAAUUAACAGAUGGUCCACGUUGCCCAUCUCCUUGAUCGGCUGUAUAAAUAUUCUCAAAAUGAACGUACUUCCAAGAUUCCUGUAUCUCUUCAAGGCCAUCCCCCUCAAUCCACCAAAUGUUUUUUUUUUUGCAAAGAUACAGUCUUCAAUAAUUUCAUUUGGAAUAACAGACGGCCCAGACUGAGCCUAUUAUUACUAUAUCUUCCAUUUGAUAGAGGAGGACUAGGGGUACCAAAUCUUAAGUGGUACUAUUGGGCUGCUCAGCUCUCUAGUGCCUCCUGUUGGUUCUCAGCGAUAGGUUUAUCUUGGAUAAACUUAAAAAAUACUAACACUACGACCCUACCCCUAAAUUCUUACUUAUAUUCAAGAAAAUAUAUAGAUUUGUUAAAAAAAACAUUAAACCCACUGGUAAAAAAUACCAUUCGAAUUUUGUUUGGUUGAUGCACACAGGUUCAAGGAUGAAGUACCAACACUAUCCCAAUUUUCUCUCAUUAGGGGCAAUAUGACAUUUGAACCAGGUAGAAAAGAUAUGGGUUUCAAAACAUGGCAUGAUAAAGACCUAUGUCAAAUUGGAGAUUUAUUUGAUAAAGGCACUAUGAUGAGUUUUAAUGACUUAAAACGCAAAUUUGAUAUUCCCACUAAGCAUUUUUUUAAAGUUUCUUCAAAUUAGAAGCUUUAUGUUA